GCUUCAACGUUCCCUCAUCAACAAUCAUUCAAGAUUCGCCUGAAUAAUUGAUCUGAGAUCAGUCUGCCUUAACAAAAUGACCUCGUCAUCGGAAACAGAAGACGGGGCCUCCAGGCCUCUCCUUGCCGACCAAAGAGAUGAGCGGGAUGCUAGCUCACCCGAUGGUGAUGCCCCGCCACCAGCUCCAGCUCCAGCUCCAGCUCGGAAUGUAGGCACAUUCACAAAGAACCUCGGCGCUCUCGAGGCUUUCGCCAUCGUUAUCAGUGUUGUUAUCGGGAGUGGCAUAUUUACCUCCCCUGGAUCUAUAGACACCAACGUACCGUCUCCGGGCGCUGCUUUGGUUGUUUGGUUAAUUGGCGGCGUCCUUGCGUGGACCGGCGCCUCGACCAUGGCAGAGCUGGGAACAGCGAUUCCCGGCGAAGGCGGAGUGCAGCCGUACCUUCAAUACAUAUUCGGAGAUGUCUUCGGCUUCCUCGCCGCCUGGACAUGGAUUGUAGCCGUCAUGCCGGCCACCCUCGCCAUUCUCAGUAUCGUGUUCGUCGAGAGCAUUUACUCUGCAAUGGGCGUAACCGAUCAGGCCGGGAAGAUUGAACAUAAGCUAUUUUCUAUUCUCAUUCUGGUCGUCAUCAGUGUCGCCAAUUCUAUCAGUACUAAAGCCAGUACUCGCCUCAAUAACUUCUUUGUGGUCACUAAGUUCAUCAGUAUCGCGGGAAUCGUGAUAGCUGGAAUAGUAGUUGCCAUACUUCAGACCACCGAUCCGGAAAGGGAUAUUGGAGGGCGAGACUGGUUCAAGAAGCCUUGGUUUGGCAAUCGAGAAGUUCUUAACCCCGACGGGAGCAAGACGGAUUGGAAUGAGCUUGGCGAAUGGGAGAUUCUUGGUCAUUAUUCUGCUGCGUUAUAUGGGGCAUUAUGGGCUUACUCUGGAUGGGAUAAGGCAAUUUAUGUCUCGGCCGAACUUCGAUCACCAGCGCGUCAACUUCCACUCGCGAUCAAUAGCGCCAUCCCGACGAUAAUACUCUGUUUUAUCACCGCGAACGCUGCCUACUACAUAUUACUUCCAUGGAACGUGGUUUCGACAACGGAUAGUGUUGCUGUGACCGCUAUAACCCGUAUUCUCGGACAAGGGUUUGGCAUCGCCGCCGCUGCUCUUAUCUGCCUGGUCGUCGCCGGCUCCCUUCUUGGCAAUUCGUUUGUCGCUGGUCGCAUGGCGGUCGCGGCAGCAAACAUGAACUGGUUUCCUCGUAUCUUCGCCUCCGUCGGGUACAUUGGAUUGAAACCUAGGACGGAAGAUGAGCAGAUAUUUCCCAGUACGGCGCGAUCAGAUGCUCCCAUUAACGCGAUCUUACUCUCGACUAUUCUUUCAGCCCUAUACAUCCUUCUUGGGAAUUUCCGUGCUCUCUUGACAUUCAACGGGCUGGGCGAAUAUUCCUUCUUCUUCCUAACUGUUCUAGGCGCUAUUGUUCUUAGAUUCCGCGAACCAAGACUGCGACGACCAUAUAGACCAUAUAUUCUGGUCCCGAUAAUAUUCGCAGUAGUCAGCGGGUUUGUGGUAAUUAGAGGUGCCUUCUUCGCACCUGUGUUAGCACUCGUAGUUAUCAUUGUAUGGAUAAUUGGCCUUGGGUUCUAUUGGGUCAGGAAACGAUUGGCUUUAAGACAAGAAGAAUAAUUGAUGGAUAGUUCUCUGCUUUUGCAAGGGCUCUUAUUCCUCGCUGACAUAUUCGCGAGAGACGGAUAGUUCUUCGCGAUCCUCCACCGCCGGAUUCAGUUGUAUUACAUAUCGUUCACGAUCUCCCUCAUUCACGCUAUCACUUACAAGGCCAUCCAUGUCGACGUACUUCAAGAUGAACUUGCGUCUUAAUGCCCGAACGCCCUUAUAGAUGGAGCGCGCCCCGAGUUCUUCCUUGUACGACUUCCUAGCUAUCUCCUCGCAAACUUUUCCGUCUUCAACUACGCGGAUAUUCGUAUGGCCGACCAAGUGGUUGGUUCCUUCGUCGAUAGGGCGUCGAACUUCAUCUAUAAAUUCAAGAAGGAAUUUGUGAGCGACGACAGCUUGCUCACCCUUGUCGAAGGGAAAGAACGGUGCAAUUUCGUCAAUGCGGCCUGUAACUGCGGGCUAUAAAAUAGUCAAUACGAUAUAAUGCGAGGCAUUUUUCCAGUGUAGAUAAAUGAAAAGCAAACAUAAACUAACCGGAAAACGGCUCAUGUAGAGUUCUUCGAGCUCGCUUUGGAGGGGCUCAAUCGAUACAUUCGCCACA